AUGCCUCCCAAGAGGAAACGCGACAUUCUCGAGGGAUUCGACCCCAACAAGUCGGACUCGGAAGACGAAAACUUCGACCCGGCCGAGGACCACCGGGUGCGACGGAGCGCGAAGAAGCCGCGUGCGCCGCGGCCCAAGCCGUCCGGGCGAAAGAAAUCCAACAAGUACCGAGGGUCCGACAUCGACGACGACGACGAAGAAGAGCUGUCUGAUAGUGAUGUGGACAAUUCGUUUGGUGAAGAGGACGAUGAGGAAGAGGACGAGGACGUGCCCACCGGUCUGUCCGGCAGGAGGAUGAGGAAGGCGGCUGUCAACAAGCAGUCGUACAAGGAGAGCAGUGGGGACGAAGAUGACGACUUUAUCGUCAAGGACUCGGAUGCUGGUGAAGAGGCUGAGGCCGAAGCCGAGGAACCCACGCCGACCAAACAAAACAGCCGACCUUCGCGAAUUGUGGUUUUGAAAACCAACAGCAGAGGACAGCGCUCUUCUAGGCGAGGAGGCGGGGAGCCGGCACCCGCAUCUGCGUCGACCCUCCCGCCGCGCCGUACUAGGGCACGAACGGAGGAAAUCGAGGAAGAGUUCAUGGAGCUCUCACACUCUGGUCGGCACGCACGGCCGGCGGGGAGUCGGAGCCCGGAAAGCGUGGCUAGGACGACGCGGGCGACUCGCGGGGGCAAGGGGCUCAAGAAGCUGCCGGAGCCGAUCGAAGAGGCAACGCAAGAGACGGAGCCGAAGGAGGAGGCGGACCAAGUCAUGGGUUCGCCGGAUGAGCUCGCCCUUACUAAGCGCGAGGAUGAGCCUGAUGGCCAGGGCCAGACUGAGGUUGAGGGGGUCAACCCGCCGGAGGAUGCCGAUGCCGAGGACGCGCCAAUGCAGGACCAGGGUGAAGAGGCCGCCCAAGUUGACGCGCUGGCUGACGACGAAGAUGACGAAGACGAUGCACCGUUCACUAGGCGAACGCGGGCUUCCCGAUCCAACGCAGCAGCAGCCCCAGCAGAAACGGUUGAAGAGGCCCAGCCCGAGGUUGAGACCGAAGGCCCAACAACAAGGGGCGGCCGGCGACUUCGACAACGGUCGGGACUCCGCAGCAAGAGCGUGCCGGAGCCGAGUAGCGACUUUGAACCGGGCGAGGAAUCGGGCGACGGCGACGCAUCCGGAUCGGAAGCGGGUUCCAAGCACGGCGAUGCGGCGGGUGACAACGAGUCCACGCCUACUCCGCGGGGCCGUGGAUCCCGCGCGCAGAGCAGGAGGAGCCGGCGCAACCGACAAGACUCGGGCGACGAAGAGGAGGUGGAGCUGGACAAGGACGAGAUGGCGGAGGAACUUCAGGAGCUCCGUGGCAGUAGCUCGCGAUCACGACCCCGUCGGGCUGGACGCAGGCAGCAGCAGCGACGCUCGCCGUCGAUCCAGUACGAAGAACGGGCGUCGAAAAAGCGGCGUACCAAGCCGGUGGACUACAGCAUCCCGGCGAUCGACCCGGCAGCGCUGGAAGUGGAAGACGACGAGGAAGCGGCUGCCACGAUGACGACGCCGGCGCGGAACCGCAGGGCAGGCGGACGGGGCGCAAGCAACCUCGCGUGGGAGCGCACGCUCAACACGACGUACGGUCCGUUUGGCGGUGGUGGUGGUGUCGGUGCGUUGCUGGGAGGCCCGUGGGGCACGGGCGCUACUGGCGGCGUGGACUCGGACUCUAGCGACGACGAGAUGGUGCAGCGAUCUGGCGUGGGCGGCGGUCCAGGAGCGGUGGGCAUGACGCCGACGACGGCUGCUCCGCCGGUUGGACUGUUCUCGACGACAGCGGGCGGUGGUCAAGGCAACUUAGCGGGAGGUGGUGAACUGGCUCUUGGGACGACGCCGCAGGUGGGCAAAGUCAAGAACCAGAAGGCGUUUGCCGAUGCAGACCCGCUCGGGGUGGACCUGACGGUAGACUUCAGCAAGGUCGGAGGUCUGCAGGGCCACAUCGACCAGCUCAAGGAGAUGGUGCAGCUGCCGUUGCUGUACCCGGAGCUAUUCCUCAAGUUCCACGUCACACCACCGCGCGGCGUGCUGUUCCAUGGACCCCCGGGCACAGGUAAAACGUUGCUGGCGCGGGCGCUGGCCAACUCGGUCGGAGCUGGCGGACGCAAGAUCAGCUUUUACAUGCGCAAGGGAGCCGACGCGCUGAGCAAGUGGGUGGGUGAGGCCGAGAAGCAGCUGCGGCUGCUGUUUGAAGAGGCCCGACGCACCCAGCCGAGUAUCAUCUUCUUCGACGAGAUCGACGGCCUGGCACCGGUACGGUCGAGCAAGCAGGAGCAGAUCCACGCGAGCAUUGUGUCGACGCUGCUGGCCCUGAUGGACGGCAUGGACGGCCGCGGUCAGGUCAUUGUCAUUGGCGCGACCAACCGACCGGACAACAUCGACCCGGCACUGCGACGACCGGGUCGCUUCGACCGCGAGUUCUACUUCCCGCUGCCGGACCUGGAGGGCCGGCGCUCGAUCCUCGAUAUCCACACGCGCGACUGGGGACUGAGCGACGCGUUCAAGACCGGCCUAGCCGAGAACACCAAAGGGUACGGUGGUGCGGACCUGCGCGCGCUGUGCACGGAAGCGGCCCUCAACGCCAUCCAGCGGACAUACCCGCAGAUCUACGGCGCGAAAGAGAAGCUAAUCGUCGACCCGGACCGCAUCACGGUGCACGCGACAGAUUUCAUGCUCUCGGUCAAGAAGAUGGUGCCCUCAUCCGAACGGGCCACCACGUCUGCGGCCUCCCCGCUGCCCAAGAUGGUCGAGCCCCUGCUGCGCAACCAGUACAAAGCCAUUCUCAAAGUGUUAGACAACAUCCUCCCGCGCCCGCCCAAAACCACGGCACUCCAAGAAGCCAUGUACGAGCCGUUCGACGACGCUGACCACGGUUUCGGCCGCGAAGCGAUGCAUCAGGAAUUUGCGCGGUCGCGCGUGUUCCGUCCGCGCCUGCUGAUCGCUGGUGUACCGGGUAUGGGCCAGGGAUAUCUAGCCAGCGCCAUCCUGCACCACUUGGAGGGGGUGCAUGUGCAGACGAUGGACUUGGCCGCGCUGUUGGGCGAUGGCCGCCCCAUGGAGCAGGUGCUGGUCAGCCGGUUUGCGGAGGUGAAACGGCAUAAACCGGGCGUGUUGUUUAUUCCGAGUGUGGAUUUGUGGUGGGAUAGCUUGACGCCGGCGGCUAUUACAACGUUUACGACCUUGUUGAGGAGUAUUGCGCCGUCAGAUCCGGUGUUGUUGUUGGCUACUGCGGAAUGUACGCCAGAGGGACUGGCGCCGGAGAUUUUGAAGGAGCUGUUUGGGUAUUCGAAGAAGAAUCGGGCUGUGGUUGAGCGGCCGGAGAGGGAAAACCGCGAGGAGUUCUUCACCAGCAUCAUCUCGCACCUCGGCAAAUCACCCCCCGAGUUCCCCGACCCCGCGCAUCGCAAGAAGCGCGUGCUGGAAGACCUGCCCGUGGCACCCCCUCCUCCGCCGCGCACGCUCACGCGCGAGGAGAUCAAGGCUCAACGCAAGGCCGACCUGCACGCCCUCAACCUGCUCAAGAUGCGCCUGCAGCCCAUCAUGGACCAGAUCCACCGCAAGUAUCGCAAGUUCCGCCAGCCCGUGAUCCCGCUGGCCCAGAUUACGUACCUCUUUGACGAGGCCGAUCCGCAUUUCGUGCGGCCAGAUUUACUCGAGGGACAAGGGCCAGAUGGGCCGAUCGAAGGAGAACACAGCGGGAGCAGGAGGCCGUUCGAGAUUGCCAAGGACCGCGAGGGCACCGACGGCAUUCGCGAGACGGCCACGGGCAAGUUCUUCUACAACCUUGAGAGCACCACCAUCGAGGAGCGCCUGGCCAACGGCUACUACGCCCGCCCGACCGACUUCUACAAGGACAUCAACCGGCUGUAUCUCGACGCCAAGAAUAUCGGCGAUCGCGACCGCACUCUCAAGGCCAACGAGCUGCGCACCAACGUCGAGGUCGACGUGCACGACAUUGCGCAGACCCUCGCGAAUCUCGGAAUUAGGUUUGAAGAGAUUCACCAGCGUCAGCUGCAGCGCGCACGCGAGGCUGAGGAGAAGGCCCGCAAGCGACGGGCCCUGCAACCGGUGGUUGAUCUGAUCCAGUCGGAUCUGCCCGGCGAUGGCGAUAGCGACUCGCAGGGGCCGGUUGGCGUGGCGUUGCCUUUGGCUCAGGGUGUCUCAACAGCUGCAACAACAACGGCAGCAGCAGCAGCAGCCCGGACGGCCGCCCGGUUCCAGCCGAUUAUGAGCCCGGAGUCAAAUGGACACGCAGCCCCGGCCGACUCACACUCGCACCAUGCGACAAACGGCACAACCAGUGAGGAUGUGCACAUGAGCGGGAUCGACGACGAUGACACGCAGCCUCUGUCGGGUCCGCAAGCGCACCAGCACCACCCCGUGCAGCCCAUACACCCAACAGCACAGUGGCCACCUCUCGGCCCCCGUCCCCCGCUGGGCGACUCCACGCGCGCCACCCAGUUCUCGCAGUUCUCCCAGCGGUCGGCUAUCACCUCGCUGCCCCAGGGCAUGUCCCCGUCGGCGAUUGCUAACGACGCGUCGACGACUAAGACCUCGGAUCUGUCGACGCACCGCGAGAACUGGAGUACCCAGCGCACUGAGACCCAGCACACCAACGGUCAGCACCACGGAGACGAAUCGUCCCUGUUGCUCGACACCCAAGGUAACACGCAAGAUCUGACUCUCAGUCAGAGCCAGAGCCAGAGCCAGAGCCAGAGCCAGUCAAGUUCCAGUGGUAAAGAGUGGGUUCACUCGCAAGCGGAUGCUAUGGCCCGUGGGAUUUUACAACCCAGGGCGGGUGUUUCUGGGCAAGUGCCUGGAAGCAUGGCACCGCCGCCGAGUGCGCGUGGCGGAGAGGUACCGUCUUCGCAGCGCCCAGGUGGUGUUGGGAUUCUGAACGAGCGAGACGCCGCAAGCGGGAGUGGAAAUCCAAGUGGCAGCAGUGGCAGCGCAAGUCACAGCGGCUCCAGCAUCCACACUCCUCCCGCAUCAGGCUCAUCCUCCCAUCCCAGCGGCAGCCAUGCCAGCCACGCCAGCAACAGCAACAGCAACAGCGACACCAAACCCAACUCCACAACCGCCGUCUCCGCCCUCCGCAACUCAACAGCAUCUUCCGCCGGCGCCUCCGCCAACUCGUCCCAACAACCCGUCAUCGACAACCGCCGCACCUACGAAUUCCUGCAAACCCUUGCCGAUCGCACAUCGGGCUGCAGUGUUGAGCAGCUGGAACAGAUCUAUCGCGAGCUGAUGGACGAGAUCUGGAAGACGAGACAUGAGUGGAAUCGUAUGACGGUGUUGAAUACCUUGAUUUCGGUGUUUAAUGAUACCAUUGGGGAUAUUGAGUUGGUGCAGGGGGGGUUGGUGGAUAGUCAGAGACGGAGGGGGGGGCCGGAUAAGGAGGAUGGUGAGGACAGGGAUGGGGAGAAAGACGGAGAGGAGGAUGGGGAGAAUGAUGCGGAGGGGAAUGGGAAGGGGGUGUUGAGGAGUGUGGAGAGCGGGUUGGGGAGUCGGAGUCAGGGGCUGAGUAGCCACAGUCAUGGGCAGAGUCGGAAGGAGGAGGCGUGGGUUUAUUUGAGGUAG